GCUUUGAGAAUUAUUUAGCUUUCAAGUGUAGUAUUGUGCAGGUUAAUUGGAUAAUUUAUAGAAACAUUCCAUUUGAUCAAAUUCCUAUUUUUAUAUUUGUUCAGAUGUAAUAAAUGAGGACUGCGAUUAUGGAAAUGCCUGAGAAGUAGACAGGGCACUAACAUGAAAAAAUAACGGAUCGGUUUGUGUUACCAUAUUAUGGUGGAAAAUGCAGCUGAACACGUGGAAAGCAGGUCAAAAAAAGUGCAUGGAAGCGGGGUGUGAAGUGUCUUGGAAAUGAGAAUCCUGACACCUGUGGAAGAGGAGACUGCAGAACUGAUGAAACAUGCUCAGAGUUUAAAUGGUCUACUCUUAUUUCCAUGUUCCCUAUUCAAGUAUUCAGUGAGCAGUGCAACUGCAAACUGUGAAACACCUUGAGACACUGUUAAUUUAGAAGUGUGAUUAAAUAUAACAAUGGAACCAGAGGGUGCAAGUUUGAGAAAUGGUGACUUUAACAAAGUGAAACACAAGGAAAAUGCUUUGGAAGAUCCUAAGAAGAAUCAGAUAAAAAAGAGAAGUAAAGAUGAAAAGAAAGUUGAAAAUGUGCCAGCAGUUAACUCUCUUCAGAUGUUUCGUUUUGCAGAUGGUCUGGAUAUUUUACUGAUGGUAGUUGGAAUUAUAGCUGCAGUGGCUCAUGGAAUGUGUCUACCAUUAUUAUCAGUUGUUUUUGGAGAUAUGACAAAUGGAUUUAUAUGCCAAGCUGCCAAUUCAACCUUAAAUAUGACAGACUGUGAUGAUACGCCCUUUGAAGAACAAAUGGCUAAGUUUUCUUAUUACUAUGUUGCAAUUGGAGCAGGAGCACUGCUAUGUGCUUAUAUCCAAGUUUCUUUUUGGGUUCUGACUUCAGCAAGACAGACGAGAAGACUUCGAAAGUUAUUUUUGCACACUUUACUAAGAAGAGAGAUUGGAUGGUUUGAUGUUAACCCAGUUGGACAACUCAAUACACGUCUUACAGCAGACAUCAACAAAAUCAAUGAGGGAAUUGGGGAUAAGAUUGGACUUUUGUUCCAGUACAUCGCAACUUUUGCUGGAGGCAUAAUAGUUGGUUUUGCAAGGGGAUGGAAGCUAACUCUGGUAAUUCUGGCUGCCAGCCCUCUCCUCGCAUUAUCAGCUGUGCUGUGGUCCAAGCUCACAGUCUCGUUCACCAACUUGGAGAUGACAGCUUAUGCAAAAGCUGGAGCUGUUGCUGAAGAAGUCUUGGGGGCAAUCCGAACGGUGGUGGCAUUUGGAGGUCAAAAGAAAGAAAUUGAAAGGUACCAUAGGAAUUUAGGGGAAGCAAAGAAAAUUGGUAUAAAGAAGGCGAUUACUGCCAAUCUGUCAGUUGGGUUUGCCUACUUUAUAAUAUUUGGAUCUUAUGCAAUUGGAUUUUGGUAUGGAACCACUUUGGUUCUUGAGAACUCAGGAUAUACAAUUGGAACAGUUCUCACUAUUUUUUUCUGCGUCACCUUUGGAACAUUCUCUAUUGGUCAGACAGCACCCUAUAUUGAAGCAUUCUCUAAUGCCAGAGGGGCAGCAUAUGAAAUCUAUAAAAUACUAGAUGAGAAAUCUGCCAUAGAUGGCUUCUCAGAAGAAGGAUAUAGGCCUGAUCAAAUUAAAGGAACAGUGGAAUUUAAGAAUGUACAUUUUAAUUACCCAUCAAGACCAGACGUAAAGAUUUUAAGAGGCCUAAAUUUGAAGAUUAACAGCGGACAGACAGUAGCUCUGGUGGGAAGCAGCGGCUGUGGAAAAAGUACCACCAUUCAGUUGCUACAGAGAUUCUACGAUCUCCAGGAAGGAUCGAUUACAGUUGAUGGCCAUGAUAUACGGUCACUAAAUAUCAGGCAUUUUCGAAAGUUCAUUGGUGUGGUCAGCCAAGAGCCUGUACUUUUUGCUACAACCAUCGCUGAAAACAUACGAUUUGGACGUGACGAUGUUACAGAUGCAGAAAUUGAGAUGGCUACAAAAGAAGCAAACGCCUAUGAUUUUGUCAUGAAACUUCCUGAUAAAUUCGACACUCUUGUUGGACAGAGGGGCACACAACUGAGUGGAGGACAGAAACAAAGAAUUGCAAUUGCCCGGGCUCUGGUGCGUAAUCCUAAGAUUCUCUUGUUAGAUGAAGCCACUUCAGCCCUGGACACAGAGAGUGAAGCUGUGGUUCAAGCAGCAUUGGAUAAGGCAAGUAAAGGUCGUACUACAAUCUUGAUUGCUCAUCGCCUGUCCACAAUCAGGACUGCAGACAUGAUAGCAAGCUUUCAGAAUGGUGUUUUAGUGGAACAGGGGACACAUGCAGAAUUGAUGCAGCAAGAAGGAGUUUACCAUUCACUUGUAUUGGCACAGUCAUUUAAAAGCACAGAGGAAGAACACAAGAGAACAGAAAACGGGGAAGAGCAAGAUGAAUCUGAAAAUCUUCUCUGCAAGCGCACCCUAUCCAACAAAUCAAGCACCAGAAGUGGUAAUGAGACUGAAAUUGAAGUGGAAGAAAAUAAGGCAGAGGAAGAAAAACUCCGAAGUGUUUCAUUUCUAAAACUUUUCAAAUUGAACAAAUCAGAGUGGCCAUACAUAUUUCUGGGAGUCAUAGGUGCGAGUAUCAAUGGAGCAACUCAUCCUGCCUUUUGCAUUAUAUUUGCAAAGAUUAUUAGUAUCUUUACUGAAACUGAUAAAGCAGUGAUCAGGCAACAAGCUGAUCUUUAUUCGAUUUUGUUCUUUGUUAUUGGUUUAAUUUCGUUUGUUACAUAUUUCUUACAAGGCUUUAUGUUUGGAAAGGCUGGGGAAAUCCUCACUCAGAAACUGCGAUCUAUGGCCUUCAAGGCAAUGUUACGUCAGGAGAUUGCUUGGUUUGAUGAUAAGAAAAAUAGCACUGGUGCCCUAACCACAAGACUGGCAACAGAGGCAUCACAAGUCCAAACAACUGUAGGUUCAAGAUUAGGACUAAUAGCACAAAACAUUGCAAGCAUGGGAGCUGCUGUUAUUAUAUCAUUCAUAUAUGGGUGGCAGAUGAGCUUGUUGGUCCUAGCAAUAGUGCCCAUCCUUGCUAUGGCCGGAGUGGUUGAAAUGAAAUCUCUAACGGGAUACACAAGUCGUGAUAAGAAAGAGCUUGAAGCAGCUGGAAAGAUAGCAACAGAAGCGGUGGAAAAUAUCCGCACUGUCGUUUCUUUGACUGUGGAACCAACAUUUGAAAAGAUGUAUGAUGAAAACUUAGAGUUGCCAUACCGAAAUGCUAAAAAGAAAUCCCAGGUCUAUGGUUUUGCCUUUGCACUGAGCCAGGCCAUCCAAUACUUUAGCUACGCUGCUUGUUUCCGAUUUGGUGCAUACCUGAUAACAAUAAACGCAAUGGAUGUAGAAGGUGUUUUUCUUGUUUUUAAUGCGAUUGUGUAUGGUGCUGUCGCAAUUGGACAGAGCAGUUCUUUCGCUCCUGAUUAUGCAAAGGCAAAAGUUGCUGCAAUGAAUCUGUUUGCACUAUUUGAGCGUGUGCCAGCCAUAGACAGCGAUAGCACUGAUGGGCAGAAGCUGGAAAACUUUAAUGGUGACUUGAAAUUCUCCAAAGUUUACUUCAGAUAUCAGAGCCGUCCAGAUGUACCAGUGCUAGAAAAACUCUAUAUCAAGGUUGGCAAAGCACAGACUUUGGCACUCGUUGGCAGCAGUGGUUGCGGGAAAAGUACAUCUGUGCAGCUUAUAGAAAGAUUCUAUGAUCCACUGAAAGGAGAAGUGUGUCUAGACGGAACUGAUAUCAGAACUAUCAACAUCCAAUGGCUUCGAUCACAAAUUGGAAUUGUAUCCCAGGAGCCUGUGCUCUUUAAUUGUAGCAUUGCUGAGAAUAUUGCAUAUGGUGACAACAGCAGGACUGUUUCACAGGAGGAAAUUGAGAAGGCAGCAAAGGCAGCAAAUGCUCAAUCCUUUAUUGAACAGCUCCCUGAUAAAUACAACACUAGAGUUGGGGAAAAGGGAGCUCAGCUUUCUGGUGGACAAAAACAGCGAAUAGCUAUUGCACGAGCUCUCAUCCGGCAGCCAAAAAUCCUGCUUUUAGACGAGGCAACAUCUGCACUUGAUACAGAGAGUGAAAAGAUUGUUCAGGAGGCUCUCGAUAAAGCAAGGAAAGGCCGAACCUGUGUGGUCAUUGCUCACCGUCUGACGACAGUUCAGAAUGCAGAUGUGAUUGCUGUCAUUGACAAUGGGAAAGUAAUAGAACGGGGCACACAUGAACAGCUGCUAGCUAGACAUGGAGCUUACUAUAAUCUAGUAAAUGCCCAGGUCAUUCAAUAAAAUUUCAUUUUUAUUUUGUGAACAAUAAUGCAGCUGCUUCUCUAUUGAAGCUAAGUACUUAAAAUUCUGCGCUAAUGGAAAGAUGGGGUAUAUUUAGAUUCCUCAUUGGACUAUUACUUCUAAGAAGCAAAUUUGUGCCAAUUUGAAGUCACGACAGGUGUUACACCUCAAUAACACUCAGACAAUCCUGUGGAUCAUCUGUAGUUACAGUUAUUAUAAACCACUCCCCAGAGUCCUGGUGGGGCUGUAAUGAGGCCUUUAAGUGGUCAUUCAUUGGUCACUUCAGGGCCUCAUUAGACCCAACUGUCAGAAAGCUGCCCAAUGCCUUUCUAGUCCACGUAAAAUUUCAACCAAGUCAGAGACAAAUGCCUUGGUGACAGGGAGAUGCCUUCAAACCUAAACUCCAGCCCAAAAUUGCUGAAAUCAUAGAUUAUAUCCAAUAUAUAUAUGCAAAUAAAUGUUUUGAUACAGUCAGUUAGCAUGUUCUCAAGAUAUUGUACUUGCUGAUUCACCAAGCAACACCUUCUUCCAAUCAUAAUUGUAUACAAUUUAGAGCAAUAUUCUUGUAGUCAAAAAAGAAUAAAGAAUAAAGAACAGUACAGCACAGGAACAAGCCCUUUGGCCCUCUAAGUCUGCGCCAACACAUUUUGCCCUUCAUUACAAAAACUGUCUUUACUUACAGGAUCAUAUCCCUCUACUCCCUUCCUAUUCAUAUAUUCAUCCAGGUGCUUCUUGAAUGCGUGUCAGCUUCCACCACCUCCUCUGGCAAAGCAUUCCAGGCACUCACCACCCUUUGUGUGAAAAACUUGCCUCACACAUCUCUUUUAAAUUCAUACCUUGAAUGUGUUUCACCGAGUGAAUGAGCCCUCCACCCUGGGAAAAAGCCUCAUACUUUCCACUCUAUCCAUGCCAUUCACAAUCUUAAAAACUUCUAUUAGCUCGCCCCUCAACCUCCUGCAAUCCAGUGAAAAAAACCCAAUCAAUACAACCUUUCUUCAUAGCUAAACUCACCCAUACCAGGCACAUCCUGGUAAGCCUUCUGUGUACUGUCUCCAAGUGUCCACAUCUUUCUGGCAGUCUGGUAACCAGAACUGUAUGCAAUAUUCCAAGUGUGGCCUAGCUAAAGUUCUAUAAAGCUGCAGCAUAACUUGUCUAUCCUUAUACUCAGUGCCCCUUCCAAUGAAGGCAAGCAUGCCAAAGGCCUUUUUUUACUACUUAUCUAUCUGCGCUGUCACUUUCAGUGAUCUGCUGACCUGCACGCCCAGAUCCCUCUACAUAUCAAUACUUCUAAGGGUUCUGCCAUUCACUGUAUAAUUUCCACCUGUACUUAACCU